AUGGAGUACGGCCAAUAUCAGCAGCCGAACAACGGAAAUCCUCAGAAUCUCCCGCCCCAGUCGCCCCAGCAGCACCACGACCAAGACCCCAACGCCAUGUACCAGCAACAGUACGGCAUCGCCCAGCCGGGCAUGCACUACGUCCAAGCGGCGGCAAUGGCCGCCACCGCCGCCGCCUCUGGGUCUAAUUAUCCCUACGGCAUCGCGUCCGAAACCGGCCUCCCGCAAGCAACGUCUCCGCGCAUGAAUAAGAAGGAUGGGCGGGACCCGCGAUCGCCGCCACUGAACAGCAUGGGCGGCCCGCAGGGCCGCCGAAUGAGCAACGUCACGAGCCCCGGCGUGCCGAACGCCCAGGCCAUUCUCAACAACCAUGGCGCCGCCACACAGCAGCAGCGGGCCCCUGGUGUGGGCGUACCGGCCGGCCAGCCGCAGCAGAUGCACGCGCCCCCCUCGCCCGAGCUCGCUGCCGCCCCCGUCGAGGAGUCUCCGCUCUACGUCAACGCCAAGCAGUUCCACCGCAUCCUAAAGCGUCGCGUCGCUCGCCAGCGCCUCGAAGAGGCCCUGCGUCUCACGUCCAAGGGCCGCAAGCCGUAUCUGCACGAAUCGCGCCAUAACCACGCCAUGCGCCGGCCCCGUGGACCCGGCGGUCGCUUCCUGACGGCCGACGAGGUCGCCGAGAUGGAGCGCGGCAAGACCGACGAAGACAAGGAGAACGACGCCGCAGCCGCUGCUGCUGAAGCUGCCGCGGCGCCGCCGCCGAGCAAGAAGCGCAAGUCGGAGGCGGUGUCGGCCGCCAACGCCAAAAAGAUCAAGGCGGCGCCGACGGCCGACAAACCAGACGGUGAGGAGAGCUAG